CCCCCCCAGGUUCCUCCCUCCCUGCCCCUCCCCACCCAGCUCUAUCAUGCCCAUCCUCAAAAACCUCCCGGUGCGCCUGAGAGGCGGCGGUCCGACCCUAGAGAACGCUUGGCUCCUGCGCAGGAUGAGUCUCAACAUCCCCCCCAACCAUCACCACCCCAACCCCUUCGACCAUGACGACCGCGACAGCAUCCACGGCAACGGCGGCCACGGCGACCACUGGUCGCCCGGCAGCUCGCUGCUGGACGGCGACGUGCAGCGGGACCGCAACCCGUUCGAGGACGAGGAGGACGAGAACGAGGCCAACGAAGGGAAGAAGGGAGGCGGAGGUGGAGGGUCGGGGAAAGGGUCUUUCAAGUUCAUGUCCCCGCUGAAGACGCUGGGAAAGCUGGGGAAGAACCUGAGGUUGUCGGGGAGGAGCAAAGGAAGUGGACCCCCGUCCCCCCAGGGGUCGCUGCAGGGAACGCCCUCACCCGCAGAGAAGAAGAAGAGGGGACGGAGGAGCUCUGAAGGAAGUCUACUGAGGUUUGCCGGGAAAUACCGCGACAGCCUCGGGUCCCGUAAGGAGGGUCUCAUCAACGGGGAGCUGAACUGUUCGGAGAGCGAGGGCGACACCACCAGCCGGCGCCUGUCCUUCAUGAAGAUGGUGGGCCUGGGGAAGCUGAAGCGGGAGUCCCUGAACGACCACUCGUCCCUGGGCCCCGAAGACCAGCUGGUGCAGGAGGAGGAGGUGGAGGAGCCCAAACCCAGAGAGCCGCUGUCAGAACAGGGCCUACAGGAGAACCUGGACCUGCUGGAGCAGUACUGUCAGACCUGGGCCCUGACACAGAAAGCCCUGCAAGACCAAGAGCUGGGCAAAGAGAAGAGUCCCCUCACUCAGCUGGUCCAGAGGCUCAGUCCACUUCCUGACCCUGUUCUGCCUCAGGACCAGUCUGGGAACCGACAA